UUCCUAGUUGAGAACCUUACUUCCGGUAAGCCUGUAGUAAGGACGUCAUAAGCCGGCGACGCAGGAGAUCUGAGUGGUAGUGUAGAUUACUUUGAUGGACACGUGCCACACAAAAUACUUCCUGUAUAUACCACUAAAGAUCCUGCUUUAGUUCCAAGACUGUCUGGUUGCUUGAUGAACAAGCAAAUGGACGACAUAACCUGUACACAAACUUCAGAAUAUGGAGACAGCGAUGAUGGGAAACCUCCAUCUGUCACCCGGUGUAAUAAAGGAACAGACCCGUAUGUGCAUGAUCACAUGAAGACUGAGGACAAAAUUCCUAUAAAUACUGCGGAAGAGCUCCUCGAGGAAAAUUCAGACGUGUUAUUAAAUGUGAAGGUGGAAGAUGAGGAAGAGAAUAGUGAUGAAAUCACAAGUUUGAAUGCGGAUUUAGAUGAUAAUCAAUGUACCGAUGAAGACAAAUCUGAUAUGUUAACAUUUGAAAUAAGAAAAGAUAUGUACUCAAGGAGUCGCACGCAAUCUCCAGAACAUGACAUAUGUGACAGUAGCAGCACAGGAGAUAUUUCAGAAGAUUGUCAGAAGACCAAUCAUACAACAAGCAAAAGUAUUAAGACAUCUUUUACUGUUAUGGCCACAGAAUUUGCAGAGACUCACGUAGACCAGAUUUGUCAUAAACAAGCCAAGGUGAAAGGAACACGGAACUCCAAAACAAUGAGUUAUAAUUCCAGUACUUUAAUAUGCUCUGUAUGUGGGAAAUGUUUUAAUCACAGCUCAAAAUUUACUACACACCAAGUAGAACAAACAGUUGCGUGUUCUGCAUGUAGCAAAUAUUUUAUUGGAAAAACAGAUUUUUUAAAGCAAAAGAGAAGUGACAAAACAGACCGACCUUUUGCCUGCUCUGAAUGUGAGAAAUGUUUUUCUAAAAACUCACAACUUGUUCUACAUAUGAGAAAGCAUACCGGGGAAAAACCAUUUUCUUGUUCUGAAUGUGGGAAAUGUUUUGCUAAAAACUCAGUUCUUGCUAUGCAUAAAAGAACGCACACUGCAGAGAAACCCUUUUCUUGUUUGGAUUGUGGGAAAUGUUUUGCUAGGAAUUCAGAUCUUGUCAAACAUACCAGAGUUCACACUGGUCUGAAACCAUUUGCUUGUGCGAAUUGUGGAAAAUGUUUCAGUAGUAACUCCAAUCUUGCGAGACAUCAACUUAUACACACAGGAGAAAAGCCGUUUGAAUGUCCUAUAUGUGGAAAAUGUUUUGGUAGAAACUCAGAACUUGUUUUACAUAAAAGAAUGCACACGGGAGAAAAACCGUAUUCAUGCUCACAGUGUGAGAAAUGCUUUAGUAAUAGUUCAAAUCUUGCUAAACAUCAGUCAAUGCAUACAGGUGAAAAACCGUUCUCAUGUUCUGAAUGUGGCAAAUGCUUUGCUAGAAAUUCAGAUCUUGGCCAACAUAUGAGAACUCACACGGGCGAGAAACCAUAUGCUUGUGCUGUGUGCGGCAAGUGUUUUGCAAGAAACUCUGAUCUGUUUAAACAUAAGAGAAUUCACACGGGAGAGAGACCCUUUGUGUGUUCGGUUUGUGGGAAAUGUUUUAGUCGAAAAUCCAUUCUGGUUUUGCACAGAAAAACACACACAAAAGAAAAUACGACUGCAUGAAAUUCUAAACUUGUUGUAUAGAAUGAAGGGGAAAUAUCCUUGAAUGAUCUUCAUGUGAAAAUUUUUCUUUAUGUUAUAAAAUUGAAAUAACAUUUUCUUGAAUUGCAAAAUGUUUUGUAACUUAUGUAAGUCCUGUUUUCAAGUAGUAUCUGAAAUGAAAAUAUUUUCUGUAUGCUGAAGUAAAAAAAAAAAAAUCUGAGAUUAUUGGAUGUGAAAGUACACAAGGGAGAGAUCAUGUGCAGAUAUUAAACUCAUUGGUUGUACCUUGUUAGACAUAAGGUAAUUUAUAUUAAUUGCAUAUAACAAUCUUUAUUUCAUAAGAUGGUGUGAGUCUGCAAGUCUUUACAUUUGGGAUUCAACACCUGGCCACUAGGAGGAAUCAAAUAUAUCUAACACACCAUGAGGUUUUAACCCCUCCCACUUCCCUGUACCUCACAGUCUUAUCUUAGCCUCCACUGGAGAAUGUGAAGAAUUGAGGUUCUCCAUUUUUUUUCUCUUGAAGGGGUUUAUUUGUCUUAGGACUUGUCCCUUAGCCUCCUCCUGAUUUUUGGCUUUGUCAUUGUACUCCCUAAGGAAAAUACUCUGCUGUUUUAUACAGCACUGGGUGGGCUCUCUAAUGGAGGCCAAAAAGCUGCAAUGGGGUAAGUACUGUAAAGCUGUUGUCAGGUAAGUAUAUUCACUGACACAGGCUAUUGGUAGGUACAUUUUAAAUGUAUAUCAUAGCCAGAGGACACUCUUAACAGGUAAACACAGAUGGAUUGUUUGUACAGGGGUUGUAUGUUGUGCACAUAAUUGUAUUGUAUAUCACUUUUAGCUGCUUUGACAGACAAGUGGUUAUAUUUUGAACAAGUAUAGAGUGGCAAAAUUUUAUUUAUAGUUUUUCCUAACGCUCUUAGAUGUGAUGUGGAACGCAACUCGGGCAGCACAAACGUUACCCCAAAGUUUUCCCCGCUACACUGCAGAGUCAGACGCUAGCCUCCUCACUCUCAGUUGGCGGAAGCCAUUUUACAGUUUGUAGUGUGUUUUUUUCAGCUCUGGAUAAAGUGAUCGCUAGGAGGAGCUAGGUACUAAAAACGGGGGAUUUGUUUUUACUAUAUGUUCAGCAUUAUAUGUGUAUAAUUUUUCGGUGUAUUUGUCAAUUACACUUCUUUCACACAGUUGCACUUAUCACUACAUCCGGUUAUUUCUUCAGGAAUAACUUUAACAGCUUUAUUAUUCUGUCAGUGUCCUCUGCAUACAGAACUACCAUUCUGUUGUUUGUGUAAUAAAAACUAUUAUUUUGU